AGAGGUCCAUCUAUGUGAUGUCACUGGUAAGAGCUGUCAUUUGUCUUUGGUGUUGUGAAAGAGGGAGCUUCAGGGGGUGAUGAGGGAGGUGUGAAAACAGGGCCAGAAAUACACGAGGGGAAGCUGAAAGAAAAUUACAAGGGAGAAAAGGGUAGGAGUAAAUUUACAAGAGGUGCAAGGGAAGGGAGAGGAGGAAUUGUACAGGGUGGGGUGUGCGAAGAGAGGGGACACCGGUGGGGAAAGGCAAGGUUUAGGAGUUGAGAAACAAAACGAGGUUGAAAUGAGAGGGAGGGAUAGUUAAAGGGGGUGCUAAAUAGAACGGGUCAGAUACCACGCGGUGGGGGUGGGGGCACAGGGUGUAAACUGGGAAAGGAAGAUAAUUGAAAGCAGAGAAAUAAUCGGGGAGGGGAGUUUUCUUAUGAAAAGCUAACAAAUUACUGAUUAAGCAGGGAAAAUAAUCAGGAGAUGAUAUAGUUGGAAAAGUGGAAUAGGGUUGGACAAAAACCAGCAUGGAAUGUAAUUGAGGGAAGAUCAAAUGAGGGGAGCAAACAGAAAAGUCAUUGGAGACUUUAGACAAACAAUCCAAGCAAGACAAAGGAAGGUAGAGAGAGAGAGAGAGAAAAAAACACAGGAGCAACCAACAGAGCAAAGACUGUAACAAGAAGCAACUAACUCAGAGGAAACAGGGCAAAUAAUAAUGAUGUCCAGCGAGUGCUGACACAACAGGAAAGUAGAACGGACUGGUGGGGUGGAGAGAGCAAAGAGCAGACGAGGCAUACACAGGAAAACAAACACCACAGUACAAAUUAGGGUGAGAGGACAAAGCAUAAGAAGUGUAGGUUAAACACCAGGCAGAUAUAAACAGACUGCAAGAGGAAUAUAAAUAGAGUGCAAGAACAGAGUCAACAGAACAGAGAAACUGCAAGAGGAGUGCGCACACGAGGUGCUUCAGUAAGUACGGUGACACAGCAAAAAGUCACCAGAAACUGCUCGAGUACCGCAAACACCAAGAGCAGGACUUAUUCUACAUUUACGUGCUGUUGCUAAGCUAUCGAGAAGAAAGACGUGCACACAAACGAAGAGGAAACUGAGUGAAACGAAAAGGCAGGGACUGGCGAAAAAGUGUACAGUUGACACUCAGCACUAAACUGCCAGAUGUCGCCAGAAUCUCUGGUUGUUAGUAUGGGACUUGUACAAGAAGAAAGCAAGCAAAGUAUCUCUACUGCUCGCCAGUAGGCCAGUGGCAGAGGCAAAGCGCAGGAGGCUGGAGAUGAACGGUAGAUGUUGCAGUUAGGUAACGUACUACAAAUUGAGACAAACGAGACUGUUGGCUCCACAGACUGCUUUAAUUAACAAAGCGAAGGCUAUUUACUGGACUGGAUAUCCGAACUCUGGACGGUGGGAGAUCUCAUCCGUAGAAUGAUACCAGAAAAACAGAAGAGCUGCUCAUGGAUUACAGGAGGAAUGGAGAAAGGCUUGCCCCGAUCAGCAUCAGUGGGACUGGAGUUGAGAGAUUGUUUACACAGGGCAGCUCUGAGGAAUGUAAUUUUUAAAAAUGGCGAGGUUUGAGACUUACCAGGAAUACCAGAGGCUUGUGGGGGAUGAGUAUGAAGAGGAUUCUCCACCUGGUGAAGAUCUAUUGGUUCAUGUUCCAGAGGGACUCAAAGAUUCGUGGCAUCACAUUAAGAACCUGGAUAAUUUCUUCACAAGAAUAUAUCAUUUCCACCAGAAGAAUGGCUUUGCCUGCAUGAUGCUCUCUGAGUUCUUCGAACUGGUGCAGUUCUUGUUUGUUGUGCUUUUCACUACUUUCCUAUUCAACUGUGUGGAAUAUGAUGUGCUGUUUGCAAAUAAGUUCAUAAACCAUACUGGAUCUGGGUACCCAGAGAGGAAUAAAGUCACUCUGCCUGAUGCUAUUCUACCCACUGAAGAAUGUACCACAAGGAUUCGAAACAAUGGCUGGAUUAUCUUCCUCCUGAUUAUGGCUGCUGUCUUCUGGGUCUAUCGGUUGGUCAAAGUUAUCUGCAACCUCUUGAGCUACUGGGAAAUCAGAACGUUCUACAUCAAAGCAUUGAAGAUUCCCACGAUCGAACUGUGCAAUUAUACGUGGCAGGAGGUGCAGGCUCGCCUGAUCCAGCUGCAGCGGGAACACCAGAUGUGCAUCCACAAGAAGGAGCUGACAGAGCUGGACAUUUACCAUCGCAUUCUGCGUUUCAAGAACUACAUGGUGGCCAUGGUGAACAAGUCUCUGCUGCCCGUCCGCCUCAGCAUCCCGUUCCUGGGCGACAUCGUCUUUUUUUCCCAGGGCUUGAAGUACAACUUUGAACUGAUCUUCUUCUGGGGCCCUGGCUCCCUGUUCCAGAACAAGUGGAACCUUCAUCCCAAGUAUAAACGCUCCAGCAGCCGCUUGGAGCUGGCCCAGCAGCUCAGCCGGAUGGUGCUGCUGAUGGGUGUUGCCAACCUCCUGCUCUGCCCCUUCAUUCUAGUCUGGCAGGUCCUCUAUGCCUUCUUCAGCUACACUGAGGUGAUCAAGAGGGAGCCGGGUAGCUUGGGAGCCCGUCGCUGGUCCCUGUUUGGCCGCCUCUACCUCCGGCACUUCAAUGAGUUGGAUCAUGAGCUACAAGCCCGCCUCAGCUGUGGCUACAAACCUGCUGCCAAAUACAUGAACUCCUUCACUUCGCCACUUCUGAUGGUCAUUGCCCAGAAUCUGGCCUUCUUCUCAGGCUCCAUCCUGGCUGUCCUGAUCGCCCUCACUGUCUACGAUGAGGAUGUGCUGACGGUACAACACAUCCUAACCGCCAUUACGGUGCUGGGCAUUGUAGUGACGGUGUGUAGGUCUUUCAUACCAGAUGAAUACAUGGUGUGGUGCCCAGAGCAGCUUCUGCAGUGUGUUCUUGCCCACAUUCACUACAUGCCUGACCAUUGGAAGGGAAACGCAAAUAAAUCAGAGACCCGGGAUGAGAUGGCACAGCUCUUCCAGUACAAAGCGGUGUUUAUUCUGGAGGAGUUACUCAGCCCCAUCAUCACUCCGUUUGUGCUGAUCUUUUCCUUGCGACCCAAAUCCCUGGAGAUCAUUGACUUCUUCCGGAACUUCUCGGUGGAGGUGGUUGGAGUUGGCGACAUCUGCUCCUUCGCACAGAUGGAUGUCCGCAAGCAUGGAAAUCCAAUGUGGCAGUCAGAAGGCCAAACUGAGGCCAGUGUCUACCAGCAGGCGGAGAAUGGGAAGACUGAACUCUCUCUCAUGCACUUCACCAUCACCAACCCUCGCUGGCAUCCACCACAGGACAGCUCGGUCUUCAUCAGCCACCUGAAGGACAAAGUGCAACAUGAUGCAGCUGCCGGGCUUCCUGCCCAGCACCUCCUCUCUGACACUCCACUCUGCAGCUCACUUCUCUCCAACGAGUCUGCCAAUGUUCCUGAAAAUCUCAUCAUGAGCUUGCUGACACACUCUGCCCUGCCUGGCUCACCGCUGAUGGGCAGGGAUGGAUUUCCUGCACAGUCUUGCAGUACAGCAUCUGCUGCUGCCAGUGUACUGGCCUCGCUGUCCUCCUCUCACCAUCCGGCCCGCACAAGAUCCCACACACUUCUGGUGGAGAAUGGUGCCGAGAGUUCCCUGUACCGCAGUGACAGGACCAUCAUUGAAGAGAGUGUGACAGAGAGUGCUGGCUCAGGCAGAUCCCUACUUCUCGCUAACAUUGCUUCCACAGAAAUGAGUCUACAUGCUAUCUACAUGCAUGAGCUCCACCAGCAGACAGUACAGCCGCAACAGAUGGGACCAAGGUCACAGGUCCACAGCUUGAUCACUGAGCAGCCCACUGCUCCAGUACCUCGGUUAAGUUCACCUGAAACACUAAGGGCCCAUUCGCAACUCCAUCUCGGCGGCUGGACAGAGGAGGCAGAUGGACAGCUUCUUGAUGCUGGUCCCAGGGGCUCAGAAACGGAAGUGCCUUCUCAGGUAAACAGGGUUUAACUAUUCGGACGGAACAGAUUUGCUGGCUGUAAGGUUUCCCGAGGUGGUGGUGAGUUUCCUGCCACUUUUCCAAGGACUGUGGUUGGCGAGUGGAGAACUUUCCCUGUGCUUGCAUUGCACCGAAGAGUGGCUCGAUGUCUUCCAGUACCUCUGCUAUGUUUGUUGCGAGUGCUGUUGGAUGUGCAGAGUGCACCACUGACUCUUCCUACAAACUGAUGGAAUUAUUUCAGAGGGUUUUUCUUUAAAAUUGCAAAAGAUGAACCAUUGUUUGUGGCAUUUGUCCCCUGUAGGAGUGGCUCUGACUAAAGCAAGGACCAGUAACAUGCCCUGCAGGGGAGGGAGAAGGGUGAGCAAAAAUUGAAACAAUGGAUCAUUGUCACCCACCCACACCAGACUUGUUCACCUCCCUCCCACCCCAACUUCUUGCCCUCUUUCCACCCUAGUGCUCUAUCUCUACAGUGGGUCAGAUGAUCCCCCUUCUCCCUGGAUCAGAUACCACUCCCUUCUCCCUCCAUGUCCAUAGAGGAGAUGCAUUAGUGCUGUCUAAGCACAGUGGGAGUGGGUGGAAGGACGCCAGGUAUUUUGAAUGCUGGGAUCAGCCUUUUGUAUUGUGCCACCUCCACUCACCAACUCACUGCUUCUGCCAAACCCACCUCAGUUGUGGGUGGACGUCAUUGAGAAUAACAGGCAUGGCAGCAAUUUUUUAAAAAUCCUAAUUACGCAAAACCUAUUCCUGGUUUUCCAGUAAAGAUUCACUGGGCAGCGAUUAGAAGUAAAAGCUUUCUCUUUGUGUUUGGAACCCCACCCUGGCAUAUUGAAGUGACUGAGCUGAGGGACACCCAGUUAAGCAGCCCUCCAUUGGAGGUACCUGUCUCCUCUGAAGCAUUGGAGAAUCCAGCUCAGACCCAGCAGAAGGGCUUGUGCAGCAUGGAAAGAGGCCAUUUGGUUCCUAGUCCCUGUGUCAAGUUACUCAGUAUUACCCGGAUCCUGGUUUCUCCCCGUUUGUCGUAUUCCUGCAGUCCCAAUGAGUUUUCUGAAUGGAUGUGCUUCUAUUCUAGGCAGUGUGUUCAUUAUCACUGCAAUUGCCUGCGUAAAGGAACAUUUCCUCAUCUGCUCUCUGGUUCUCCCCCACCCACAGUUACCUUAGUCCUGCUUCCCUGGUCACCACCCUCCUGUCUCUGGAAACUUGUUUUUUCACAAUUUGCAAACACUACUGAAUCUCCCUGCAACACUUUUUGCUCUCUUGAUGACAAAUGGUUUCCACGUGUAUGUUAAGGACAGUAUCAGUGUGGAUCUGGAGCACGGGAACUCUUGGAAUAAUUAUCUCACUAUCCGCAGCAACAUCAUUUCCAGCUCCGUCACCUCAGUCUCAGGAUCUGUGUCACAAGCUUUCCAAUUUCUUUUGAGGCGAGCUUACAAUUUACCACAGCGUUAGAUUUAUUUCAUGCCAGCACACAUCAGUCAGGGUCUCAGAUUUGUGACUUUGUCCUACACCAGCUGUAUACUGCCUGGUUUUGAAGCUCCAUUCUGUACUCGCCCAAAGCAGGAACAUGCUUGCUCUAGUGGGGAUUCCUCUGGAACCAAUGGGGAGGUGAUCGGAUAGGUAAAAGCAGAUGAAAAAAUGGGUGACAGAAAGUCACUUCUCAUAAAUGGGCUGCAGAUAGAACUUUACUCUGUAUGUAACACACGGGACAGUGGAGAAGGAGCGUUACUUUCUAGCCCAUGAGUGUGUGACAGGACAGUACAGUGAAAUCUUUAAUCGGUUUCUACUCUGCCCUUUUUUUAAUUGCAAAAAAUGUGUUUAUUGCAACUUUACAUUUCUACAAUACUACAACAAAAAUACUGAGACAACAACAGUGACUAAUAGAAAUGAAGUUAAAAUAUUCCUAUCCCUAUCUAGGAUGCCAUUUAUCCCCUACAGUCUGAGAACACCUCCAUGGUACCCCCGGACUCUGCAUGAUCCUUUCCCACAGUUACUCAGGCACGAUAUAACCCCCACCCCCGCCUCUGAAUAUU